AGAUGCUAAAUAUGGAAAUGAAGGCUGAUGUGGACAGACAACAAAGGAAAGUUCGAUUUCGAGUAGCUUCAUCUUACAGUGGAAGGGUGUUGAGGGAAGUGUACACUGAUGGAGACUCCUUGGAUUCUGAAUGUGCCAGCAGCUCGGAGACCGACCAGAACAGCUUCCCAAGCGACAGUGAUGGGGUUCAAAAUGGCUUCCUGGGAUCAGAGUUUGACGAAAGUGAAAAUGAACCCGAUGAUUUGCUGGUCUUAGCCAGAGCUACCAAAGAUAGGGGAUUUGCAACAAAAAGAGUGAACAUUCUCAGUAAAAAUGGAACCGUCCGAGGAGUCAAACAUAAAGUCAGUGCAGGCCAAGCCUUGUUUGACAAUUUAGCAACAGUAUUCCAGUCCUCCACAACACUUGAAUAUGGCCGAAUAGUAAUAUACACCACAAGUCUGCGCGUCGUGCGAAACACUUUCGAAAGGUGCGAAAUGGUGAGAAAAAUCUUCCAAAACCACAGAGUAAAAUUUGAAGAAAAGAAUAUUGCUCUGAAUGGAGACUUUGGCAAAGAACUGGAUGAACGGUGCCAGAGGGUGUCUGAAGUCCCGUCAUUACCUGUGAUAUUUAUUGAUGGCCAUUAUCUUGGGGGUGCUGAAAAAAUACUAUCGAUGAAUGAAUCAGGAGAGUUGCAAGACCUGCUAAUGAAGAUAGAGAGAGUUCAGCACCCGCAUGCCUGUGCCUUCUGCGGUGGGUUUGGUUUCCUCCCUUGUUUAGUGUGCCAUGGCAGCAAGAUGUCAGUCUUCCGAAACUGCUUCACGGACUCUUUUAAAGCUCUGAAGUGCACUGCCUGCAAUGAGAAUGGAUUGCAGCGCUGCAAAAACUGUGCAGGAUAAUCCACACACACAAAAAGCAGUUUGCUUGACCUCAUUUUGCAAUAUCAUUUCAUACGUGCUUUUUUAUAUAUAUAAAAA